CCCUAUUCUCCCUGCAACGCACAUAUUCCAUUUUCUCAUUUUAAAAAAAAUACAUUAUCCUUUUGAAUUUUCCAGGAAAAUUCCUGCACCUUGAAUUCAUUUCCCUUGAUAAGUCCCCUGCUUUCAAGUUUUCUCCUCUAGUUUUGUUUGUGCAUGAAAGUUCUUCCCUUUUUAGCUGAAGCUGAGUGCUCGGGGAUUGUUUUGUUUCUCUCUCAACUGGGAUUUCUUAAUACUUUCUCUUUUCUAUUUCCAUUUGGUAUCUGGGUUUUAAUGGUUUUAGGUGCCUAAGAUCUUUUUAUUUCAUAUCUGCUGCAUUUGAACUGGUUUUUUCCAAUCUUUCUUCAUAGUGAAAAUUGUCGAAAGUUAAAGGUCUCUUUAGUAAUUAGAUUCAUCCUUGGUGGGAGGUUGUUUGUGGUUUUAGCUUCUGGGGCUGAACUUUUAUCUUGUAUAACAAGUUAUUUCAUAUCUGGUGUGUUCGAACUGGUUUUUUGAAUCUUUCUUCGUACUGAAAGUUGUCAAAAGUUUGUGAUUUCUUCUUGUUGUUUCAUUUGAUUUGUUUGCGAGGUUUCUAGUUCUAGUUCGAGUUAUUUUCUUUUUGUUGGAUUUGCAAUGGGGAAGCACGGAGGAAAGAACAAAAAGCUGACAGGACAAACUGGUGAUAAUAAUAUGAAGCAAAACAAGGUCGGAGACAAUCGGUUAAAAUCGUAUGAUUCCGACACGGCGGUUUUCAUCACCAUGUCUCGAGAACUGAAGGAAGAGGGGAAAAUACUGUUUCAGAAAAGGGACCUUGAAGGAGCAAUCAUGAUAUAUGAGAAGGCCCUCAAAUUGCUUCCCAAGAAUCACAUAGAUAUAUGCCAUCUUAGGACCAAUAUUGCUGCAUGUUAUAUGCAGAUGGGGUUGAGUGAGUACCACAAGGCAAUCCAUGAGUGUAAUUUGGCCCUAGAGGUAACACCAAAGUAUAGUAAAGCACUCGUAAAACGAUCGAGGUGUUUUGAGUCUCUGGAUCGGCUGGAUUUGGCUUUCAGAGAUGUUAAUGCAAUUCUUAACAUGGAGCCUAGUAAUACUAUGGCAUUAGAGAUUUCAGAAAGAGUAAGAAGUUCACUUGAGAAACAAGGCGUACCGGUUGAAUUACAUCUUGAAUCCAUCGAGCCUCAUAGUUCUUCAAAAGUUCUCGUCAAAGACGAAACGAAGAAGAAGAUCAGCGAGGUUGAAGAAUACGUUGAACCGCCAAGUGCUUUGCAGGCUUCAAAAGUUGUCAAAACCGAGAAGAUGAUCAAGAAAACCAAGAAGAAGAAGAUCAAUGAAGCUCAAGAUGACAAGGUUGUGGAUCGAAUCGAGGAGAAGAAGGUUGAUGAAAACGUAGAGGAAAAGAAGGCUGAGGAUAAACAGGUUGUUGAGGAGAAAAUCAGCAGUAAAGUGGAAGUACCAAAGAAGAGUGUGAAGUUGAUUUUGGGUGAAGAUAUAAGAUGGGCUCAGUUGCCACUUAAUUGCAGCCUUGUGCAACUAAGGGAAGUCAUUCGCGAUCGAUUUCCUAGCUCGAGAGCGGUACUUGUCAAAUACAGAGAUGAAGAAGGUGAUUUAGUCACAAUCACCAGUGAUGAAGAGUUGAGAUUGGCUGAAAUAGCAGCUGGAUCACAGGGUUCUGUGAGGCUGUAUGUUGUGGAAGUCGAUUCCAAGCAGGAUCCGUUCUUCGAGAGAUUUAAUCGCAACGGAGUUCAGAAUGUUGAGAUUAAACAAGGUAAGGCUGCUGAAAAUGGUGAUGCUAGAAAGGUCAUGGAAAACGGAAAAGACUCAUGUUUCAUCGAUGACUGGAUAAUCGAGUUUGCUCAACUAUUCAAGAACCAUGUUGGCUUUGAUUUAGAUGCAUACUUGAAUCUUCAUGAGCUUGGUAUAAAGCAAUAUUCCGAGGCCAUGGAGGACACAGUUACAAGUGAAGAGGCCCAGAACCUUUUCAACAUGGCAGCUGAGAAAUUCCAAGAGAUGACAGCAUUAGCGUUGUUCAACUGGGGGAACAUUCACAUGUCCCGAGCUACGAAGAGGGUCCACGUCGCCGAAGAUGGUUCCAGAGAAUCCAUACUCGAGCAGAUCAAAACGGCCUACAAUUAUGCACAAUUAGAAUACAUCAAAGCUGGUAAGAGAUAUGAGGAAGCACUGAGAGUAAAACCAGAUUUCUAUGAAGCACAUCUGGCUCUCGGGCAACAACAGUUUGAGCAGGCGAAACUUUAUUGGCAUUUAGCGAUCACAAACAACAUUGAGCCGGAAACAUGGCCUUCUGAGAAGGUCCUGCACCUCUAUAACAACGCCGAGGAAAAUAUGGAGACGGGUAUGCAGAUGUGGGAGGAGUCGCAAAGGCAGCGCCUGCGUGAACUUCCCGACUCGAAGAACGAACAAAAUCAGUUGAAGAAAACCGGAUCGCACGGUUUAUUCCAAGAUAUAUCAACAGAUGAAGCUGCAGAGCAGGCAAUCAACUUGAGUGCUCAGAUAAACCUGUUAUGGGGUACCAUUCUUUAUGAACGUUCAAUCAUGGAAUUCAAACUAGGGCUCCCUAUCUGGCAUGAAUGUCUGGAGGUUGCUAUUGAGAAAUUUGAGCAUGCUGGAGUUUCUCCAACAGAUAUAACUGUUAUGGUAAAGAACCAUUGUUCGAAUAACAUCGCACCGGAAGGCUUAGGGUUUAAGAUUGACGAGAUAACACAGGCAUGGAAUGAGAUGUAUGAAGCUAAAAAGUGGAAGAACAAGAUUCGGUCGUGUCGACUAGAACCAUUACUUAGACGGCGUGUUUCGAAAAUUUAUCAUGCAUUGGAGCAUGCAUGAGUUGCAUGUUGUUUGAGUGGCAUCUUCCAGGAUACCAGUUUGUCAAAAGACAUAUCUAACUUCAUGUUAUUUGAAGUGAGAUAUGCAGUAUUGCAUUAUAGUUAGGUAAGUUUUUUUUCUGCUAUUGCCUUUUACAUCAAACAUCAACCUUUCAGAUUCAAAGGAAACUACUGGAUUCAUGAAAGUUGUGAUUCCCUUUCAAGAAAUUAGGUUAUCAAUACAUGUUUGGGAAUGACUUGAAGCAGCAUCAGCAGGGAUCUAAUGUUUUUUUGUUGGUUUCUGCUUUGGCCUUCUUCAGUUCCCCCCAACCUCAGAGAAGUAUAAAAUAUAUGCUGGAUUCAUUAUUAAAUUGCAGUAAUUUAUAGUUUGUUUUCCAGAUUUAUUUUUUAAGUUUCUUCUGUUUUUAAAAACUCGGUAGUUUUAUUAAGAACUUUAAGAAGACAAUUCUGUAUUCGGUUGAUGAUGAUCCUAGUUUUUCUUCUUGUAUUACAAAAGCAGCUUUUUACGUUUCAAUAUACACACUUAUUUAGUAGUUGAGACAGCUAACCCCAUCUGAUAGCAGCUAUACAAUUACAGCAUACGUUGCACUUUUCCUCCCCAGGCUUUUAUUCCGGUCGGAAGCUCACAAGGUUGUGGAGGGCGGUUGACUGAAGCUUCUUAAUUUCGGCGACUCCAAAGAUAAUGACAGUAAAUUCUUUAGAGGCUUUAAAUACGGCAAACCAUCAUUACUUAUGUUGGAAUUCGAAACAUUUAACGACACCAAUGCGGUCAGUCCUGCAUUCAGAAAACAAU